UCCACUGCCUCCCUGCAUGCACAUCGUUGCUGAAUCACGGGAUGCGUACUAUUCGAGCACAUGCGGAGCGACCUCUACGCUACGCGUCAGCUCCGCAUCAUUGAGCAUAAGCUUUGCCACAAGAAGGCGCAGCAGUAAGUACUCUGGCCACCUCAAUAUCGCACGAUUGCAAUUGUCCGACACCAUGAGCUUCAGUUUUCCUGCUUGCACACGUUACAAAUGCCACUGUUCCCUUUGGGCAGGGCAUACUCUGGCGCAACCUUCAGCAUCGAUUUAUGCUUCUGCGCUGGUCUCAACGCGACCUGCCUCGUUCACUUCUUCGGCGUUAUUCUCUACGCCCCGGGUUUCGUCGUCGUCCCAACCAUUCUGAAGCGUCCCCCCAAUAGUACCCAACAGAUCCGGCGAUCUUCUGAACUGCACUGCCGACUGUCCUUGCUGUCGGUCAGUAAUACUCACAGAAUACUCCUGCGCUUCUGAAUUGACCGCCCGUAGGUUGAUUAUGAAGCGAUUGAUGAGCACCGGUGACUACGUAGCCGGUUCAUGAGCACCAAAAAGGAGAAUGAGAGGGGAGUACACACCAGGGACGCAAUGAAUGUGGUCACGGGUGGUGCAUCCUCAAGCACGACAUCAGCCGUUGGCCCAUGCGCUCAUAUCUGGAACGUACCGUAGAGGAGCGGUAAGUCAGCAGCGGGGUUAUAUUGCUCGCCAGCAGCACCCUAUUUAUCGCUUUCCGUGAGAAUUUCCUCUGAUGAACGGCUUUAUUAUCGCGCCUACAUGAAAUAUAUAGUUCCUGUGUUGGACAGCUAGGUCUCAGCGGCAACGACGCGAUCACGCGUGGAGAGUUUACUAGCCGUCACGCAAUAGACAUGUCGUCAGCGACACCUUGACGUUGACGCCGCGCGCGCGU